GCGAUUUAAUCGAUAACGUCAUCGAUAGCCUGCUGCUCUGCCGCUUACUCAUUGCGGAAAACGUGAAAGAAAAUCAUAUUGCCGCCUGUCUGCUACCAAAAUUGAUUGUUUUAGCUAAUAUUCACGCAAAACGGCAAAUACCAUCAAUUAAAUAUGCAGCCACAAAUUGUGCUCCUGAAGGAAGGCACCGACACGUCGCAGGGCAAGCCGCAGCUGGUAUCGAAUAUCAAUGCCUGCCAAUCGAUUGUCGACGCUGUCCGCACCACACUGGGUCCGCGCGGCAUGGACAAACUGAUUGUGGAUGCACAGGGCAAAGCGACCAUAUCGAAUGACGGUGCCACCAUUAUGAAACUGCUCGAGAUCAUUCAUCCCGCGGCCAAAACUCUCGUGGACAUUGCCAAGUCACAGGAUGCCGAGGUGGGUGAUGGCACCACAUCGGUUGUGCUGCUCGCGGGCGAGUUUCUCAAGCAGGUCAAACCGUUUGUGGAGGAGGGAGUGCAUCCCCGUAUUAUCAUCAAGGCCAUACGCAAGGCACUGCAGCUCUCCAUGGAUAAGAUCAAUUCGAUGGCGGUGCGCAUUGAGAAACAGUCGAAGGCGGAGCAGCGAACACUGCUCGAGAAGUGUGCAGCGACAGCGAUGUCUUCAAAGCUGAUACAUCAGCAAAAGGAUUUCUUCUCCAAAAUCGUUGUGGAAGCUGUGCUCUCGCUGGAUGAGCUGUUGCCGCUGAACAUGAUUGGCAUUAAGAAGGUAGCCGGCGGUUCACUGGAGGAAUCCCAACUAAUCUCGGGCGUUGCGUUCAAGAAGACCUUCUCCUAUGCCGGCUUCGAGAUGGCACCCAAAUCCUAUGACAAUUGCAAAAUUGCCCUAUUAAAUAUCGAACUGGAACUGAAGGCCGAACGCGACAAUGCCGAGAUUCGGGUGGACAAUGUGAAGGAGUAUCAGAAAAUUGUCGAUGCCGAAUGGCAAAUAUUGUACAACAAAUUGGCCAAAGUGCAUGAGUCCGGCGCCAAUGUGGUGCUCUCCAAGCUGCCCAUUGGCGAUGUGGCCACACAGUAUUUCGCCGAUCGUGACAUUUUCUGCGCCGGCCGCGUUCCCGACGAGGAUCUCAAGCGCACAAUGAAGGCAUGCGGCGGCGCUGUUAUGACCACAGCGAAUGACAUCAAAGCCAACGUUCUGGGCCACUGCAAGCAUUUCGAGGAGCGUCAAGUCGGCGGUGAUCGUUUCAACCUAUUCCAAGGCUGUCCGAAUGCCAAGACGAGCACACUGAUUCUGCGCGGAGGCGCCGAACAGUUCCUGGAGGAGACGGAACGUUCGCUCCACGAUGCCAUCAUGAUUGUGCGUCGCACAAUUAAGCAUGACUCAGUUGUGGCCGGUGGCGGUGCCAUCGAAAUGGAACUGUCCAAGCUGUUGCGCGACUAUUCGCGCACCAUUGCCGGCAAGGAGCAGCUGCUGAUUGCGGCAAUUGCCAAGGGACUGGAGAUUAUACCGCGUCAGCUGUGCGACAAUGCCGGCUUCGAUGCCACCAACAUUCUCAACAAGCUGCGCCAGAAGCAUGCCCAAGGUGGCCAAUGGUUUGGCGUUGACAUCACCAAGGAGGACAUUUCCGAUAACUUUGAGCAGUGUGUGUGGGAGCCAUCGAUUAUUAAGAUAAAUGCGCUCACCGCUGCCUCGGAGGCCGCUUGCAUGAUCCUCUCCGUUGAUGAGACAAUAAAGAGCCCCAAGGCCGGUGAACCGCCCAUGGCUGGUGGCGGCAUGGGCAUGGGUCGUGGUAUGGGCAGGCCCAUGUAAAAAAGAAAAUAAAACAAAAUAAAAUAUACUUAAAAACAAAGCAAAACAGCUAUAAAACUACAACACUAAACAUCAACAUAAAACACACACACACUCAACAAACAUUCACUUGCAUUUCUCUCUCGUAUCUUAACACACCUUCUCACAUGUAUUACUUUACCGGUCAUAAAUUGCAGGCUUUUUCGUUGCACCAUUUGAACAAUUUAUAUAAUUACUGACCGCUCUGCCUACGUCUAAUAAACGAAAAUUAAAUAUUUUCUAUAACAACAAA